AUGUGACUGGAUUUAUGGGCGUCCAUCUCAACUAUGAUGGAAUCUGGUCUGUCAGCUACCACAGAUCCUCCGCAGCUCAACACCAGGAGCUACGUCAAUAACAGCAACAACAGCUGGAAUGGGCUUCUUGAUGGCGACUCACUGAGGCUCAAUGACACCCUGACCCUCCAUGACCGUUUUCACACUGCCCUGCUGGGGGUCUCUCUGGGUCUUCUCUCUCUGCUCACCAUUUUUAUGAACCUGCUCGUCCUCUACGCUGUGAAGAAAGAGAAAAGCCUUCACACUGUGGGAAACCUCUACAUUGUCAGCCUGUCUGUGGCAGAUCUGAUUGUAGGGACCACAGUGAUGCCUCUGAACUUGGUGUAUUUAUUGGACGAUGAAUGGAAGCUGGGUCGGGCUGUGUGCCAGUUUUGGCUGAUUAUGGACUAUGUGGCAAGCACAGCCUCAAUUUUCAGCUUGUUUAUACUGUGUUUGGACCGGUAUCGCUCUGUCAGGCAGCCGCUGAAGUACCUCAAGUAUCGAACGAGAGGAAAAGCCAGUGUGAUGAUUUCCAUAGCUUGGCUGUUGUCAAUGAUGUGGAUAAUUCCGAUUUUAGGAUGGAGGUCCUUCACGCAUGUAGACCUCAAACCUGAGGAAGAGAACAAGUGUGACACCGAUUUCCGCUUUGUCACGUGGUUUAAGGUUAUUACUGCCAUCUUCAACUUCUACGUACCCUCAAUUUUGAUGCUUUGGUUUUACACGCACAUCUUUUUGGCUGUGAGACAACAUCUGAGAGACAGGGAGAGAAUCAUCCAUCCUACUGAUUCAUUUGGGGAAAACGAGAAUGAACAAAAUGUGAACACACCUGAGAAUAACGACUCCAAAUCACCCAAGAGGGAGACUCCACUCAAACACUCCAAAAAACAACACUUGUUAGACCAGAACACUCUCGAUCAGAGAUAUUCCCUUGAAGAUCCUGAUAAAACCAGAACUGCUCCAUCUACCUCUCACAGAAGAGUUGUUGUAACAUGCCAGCAGACAGCAUUGCUUACCAUGUCAACACAACGACUCAGAAUGACACAAAAGGCACACAAAUGUGCUCUGAUUCCUAAGGACAAGCAACCAGAUGCUGCUAUUCCUCUGACACAACAACCGGUGCUGCAGGACACAAAUUGUACAGAGCGGAAUUGUGAGCACAGACUUCAGACGUCUUUAAAUGAAUGUCACGUGACAAUGCCAAACUCGGUUAGCGGUGUCUGUGAUAUCAGUCAGGUUUCAGACGUGCAAAGAUACACAUCUGUGCUCUAUAGCCACUAUGACCCCAGUCAGGCUCUGCCCUGGACUGAUCAAGAGGUCGACGAUGCCAAACUGGACCCAGAUAGCGCAGCAACUCUGAGACGGAGUUGGCAAAAGUUUAUUGACCAAUCACGCCAGCGCAUCCAAAGCCUGAGAAUCCAUAAGGAGCACAAAGCAGCCAAGCAGCUGGGCUUUAUAAUCGCUGCUUUCUUGUUGUGUUGGAUACCGUACUUCAUAGCUUUCAUGGUAAUGGCAUUCUGCAGAGAAUGUGUGCACCAUGACCUUCACAUGUUCACCAUAUGGCUGGGUUACAUCAACUCUACCCUCAACCCUUUCAUAUACCCACUCUGCAAUGGGAACUUCAAACGGGUCUUCAAAAACAUUCUGAACAUUCGUUUGUAAUAGAUUUGAGCUAUGUAUUUAUAUUAGAUGUAUACGUUGUUUUUUUUUUUCACUUGUUCAUGUUGUUUUCUCAUCAUAAAGAUGUUAAUAAGUCAGAAAAAAACACAAAUCUUGGCUAUUGUCUACUGUGCUUAAAUACUGUAUGUUGUAAUCAAAUGUUCAGUCAUUUUACCUG